CCCAUCACUCCGCGUCCCCCGCACCCGCGCUCGGCCCGCGGCGGGCGGAGGAGCGGCCAUGCCGCCGCGGCGCAGCAUCGUGGAGGUGAAGGUGCUGGACGUGCAGAAGCGGCGGGUGCCCAACAAGCAUUAUGUCUACAUCAUCCGGGUCACGUGGUCCAGUGGCUCCACCGAGGCCAUUUACCGGCGCUACAGCAAGUUCUUUGACCUCCAGAUGCAGAUGUUGGACAAAUUUCCCAUGGAAGGAGGACAGAAGGACCCUAAGCAGCGGAUCAUUCCCUUUCUGCCAGGUAAGAUUCUCUUCAGACGAAGCCACAUCCGGGACGUGGCUGUCAAACGCCUGAUACCAAUUGAUGAAUACUGUAAGGCCCUCAUCCAGCUGCCCCCCUACAUCUCUCAGUGUGAUGAGGUACUGCAGUUCUUUGAGACAAGACCUGAAGACCUGAAUCCCCCUAAAGAGGAGCACGUCGGGAAAAAGAAAUCUGGAGGUGACCAAACCUCAGUGGACCCCCUGGUCCUGGAGCAGUAUGUGGUGGUGGCCAACUACCAGAAGCAGGAGAGUUCAGAGAUCAGCCUCGGCGUGGGGCAGGUGGUGGACAUCAUCGAGAAGAAUGAGUCAGGUUGGUGGUUCGUCAGCACUGCCGAAGAGCAAGGCUGGGUCCCUGCAACGUGCCUCGAAGGCCAGGAUGGGGUGCAGGAUGAGUUUUCCCUGCAGCCUGAAGAAGAGGAGAAGUACACAGUUAUCUACCCGUACACAGCUCGGGACCAGGAUGAAAUGAACCUGGAGAGAGGGGCUGUGGUGGAGGUCAUCCAAAAAAACCUGGAAGGCUGGUGGAAGAUCAGGUACCAGGGCAAAGAAGGCUGGGCCCCUGCCUCCUACCUAAAGAAAAACAGUGGGGAGCCCUUGCCCCCAAAGCCAGGUCCUGGCUCACCCACCCACCUGGGUGCCCUUGACUCGGAUGGUGUUUCCCGGCAGCAGAACGCAGUGGGCAGGGAGAAGGAGCUGCUCAGCAGCCAGAAGGAUGGGAGGUUUGAAGGCCGCCCGGUGCCUGACAGCGAUGCCAAGCAGAGAUCACCAAAAAUGAGGCAGAGACCCCCUCCUCGCCGGGACAUGACCAUUCCUCGAGGCCUCAAUCUGCCAAAGCCGCCCAUCCCGCCUCAAGUAGAGGAAGAGUAUUACACCAUCGCCGAGUUCCAGACAACCAUCCCAGAUGGCAUCAGCUUCCAGGCAGGCCUGAAGGUCGAGGUGAUCGAGAAAAACUUGAGUGGCUGGUGGUACAUUCAGAUUGAAGAUAAGGAAGGGUGGGCCCCGGCAACCUUCAUUGACAAGUACAAGAAAACCAGCAAUGCCUCGAGACCCAACUUUCUGGCUCCCCUGCCCCACGAGGUGACCCAGCUCCGGUCGGGGGAUGCAGCAGCGCUAGAGAACAGCAUGGGCAGUGAAGCCACGGGCCCCUCCCGGCCCCUGCCUGAGGCACCACAUGGAGCCAUGGACUCAGGGUUGCCAUGGUCUAAAGACUGGAAGGGCGGUAAGGAGGUCCUGAGAAAGACAUCUUCAGACAUGUCUGCGUCAGCAGGCUAUGAGGAGAUUUCAGACCCCGACAUGGAGGAGAAGCCCAGCCUCCCUCCACGGAAAGAAUCCAUCAUCAAGUCGGAAGAGGAGCUGCUGGAGCGGGAGCGGCAGAAGACGCAGCAGCUCCGGGGCCCCGCCCCCAAGCCUCCGGGCAUGAUUUUGCCGAUGGUUCCAGCCAAGCACACCCCUCCAGCCCGGGACAGUAGGAGGCCGGAGCCCAAACCUGACAAAAGCAAACUGCUCCAGCUGAAAAAUGACAUGGGGCUGGAGUGUGGCCACAAGGUCUUGGCCAAGGAAGUGAAGAAGCCCAACCUGCGACCUGUCUCCAAAUCCAAAACUGACCUGCCGGAGGAGAAGCCAGAAGCUACUCCCCAGAAUCCCUUCUUGAAGUCCAGACCUCAGGUUAGGCCAAAACCAGCUCCUUGCCCCAAAACAGAGCCACCUCAGGGUGAAGACCAAGUCGACAUCUGCAACCUCAGGAGUAAGCUCAGGCCUGCCAAAUCCCAGGACAAGUCACUGUUGGAUGGGGAGAGCCCCCAGGCAGGAGGGGGUCAAGAUGUGGCCUUCAGCCGAAGCUUCCUCCCAGGAGAGGGGCCCGGCCGAACCCAGGAAAGGACAGGCAAACCAGAUGGGCUCAAUCCAAAAGAGAUGUCCUGCAGAGCCUUUCCAAGGCCAGCCAAGACCACCGAUCCUGUGUCUAAGAGUGUGCCUGUUCCUCUCCAAGAGGCUCCCCAGCAGAGACCUGUGGUCCCACCCCGGAGACCACCCCCUCCGAAGAAAACCUCUUCGUCAGCCGGGCCUCUCCUAGAGAUCAGAGGUCCACAGCGUGAAGCCCACGAAAGCAGGGCCGCUCCCACCCCAGGCCAUGCUCUCCAAGUCCCUCCAAAAGCCAAACCUUUUCUCUCCAACUCUUUCGGGGGCGAGGAUGAUAUUCGAAGCAAAGGCAGCCUGGGCCCACGGGGGACCGGCAAGAUUGGAGAAAACUGGGAGAAAGCAGCUGUAGCCUCCGUCCCCAGUGCCGAUGGCCUGAAGGACUCUUUGUAUGUGGCCGUGGCCAGCUUUGAAGGAGACAAAGACACCAGCAGCUUCCAGGAAGGGACGGUGUUUGAAGUCCGGGAGAGGAAUAGCAGUGGCUGGUGGUUCUGCCAGGUCCUGAGUGGAGCCCCUUCUUGGGAAGGGUGGAUUCCUUCCAACUAUCUUAGAAAGAAGCCGUAGCCAACUCCCUUUCUGCCUCGAGGGCCUGCUGGUCCUUGCUGGCUUUACCACAUAUUUAAUACACCUCUUAAUUUAUCAUUCUCCACGCAGCUUCCAAGGCAGACAGACUCUGGGAUACCAUGGCUUCUUGCCUCCCCUGGGCAGAGAGUUUCAGAUUCCUCGAGUGCCCCUGGGUCUGAUCCCUCCCAUCACAGCAUUCCUGGAGGCUCAGCAGCCACAGACCUUGCUUUGUGUCCAUGUCAGCAUCCCUGCCUUAAGAGAACUCCUGGCCAAUGGCAUUGCCACCCAGCAGUGGGACCAGGACUCUCCAAGGCCUCCAGGACUGGAGCCCAUCACCUGGAGAAACUCCAGCAAGGGUCUCAUGGCUUGGACAUGGCACCGUGAGGGGCAGCCCACCCAAUCCUUGAUGACUUGCUCCAACUUCAUGUUUCUAAAAGCCCAGAGGCUUUAUUCACUCUCCCUAAAAUCCCUGGUGCCAGCAAGACCGUUGUCCUGAAGAAGUCCAUUCCAUUGCCAGUCCCAGGGAAAGUGUCCUCCCCUUGGCCUCAGGCCUGUGCGCCUCUGAGGUUCCACUGGAUGCAGCUCCCCCAGGAGUGGGUCUGAAAGUCCGCUUGGCAACCCUGCCUCCCACCUUCUCUAUCUUGGGACCAUGGUCAGCCCUGAAGGGUGGUUCCAGCCCCGCGCAUGCCAUACUUUCCUGCUGUAGGCUCCAGUCCCGCUGGGGCUUCUCAAUAAUAAUUCCCUCCCCAGCUUCAAACAUUUCAUUUUUGCCUACCUAAAGCAAGAAUCUCAAAGUCUGUUUGAGUAAGAGGCCCACUCACAAGUCGUGCCCUCGUGAGCACCCUUUUGCUGAGUGACUCGGUGGUGCCAACCACUGUACUUGGCACUUUGCAUUCAUGUUUUGACCCUCACAACCUCCCUUGUGAUAUUAUAUCCCCUUUAUAGAUAAGGAAACUCAGUCCAUGUGAAAGGGACACACCAGCCAGGAAGAAGAGGGAAGAUGAUUUGAGUCCAGGCCUGCCUGACUUCAAUACCUGUGCCUUCCCCUCUAUAAAAGGCAAACCAGGCAGGAAAGAGAUAGAAGCCGGCUAGGUGCCAGAGCAGGUGGCCAAGUGGCUUCAUUGUGGUGGGGGUGAGGGGGCCUUCGUGGCUGCUCCCACACCCACCAUCCCUCUGGCCCACAGCAGCUUAUACCAAAGGCUGUCCUGGAUUCAAUAGCUGCGUCUUCAUAUCAGGAGAAUGCCAGGGUCCUGGUGGUUGGCACAGAGCCCUGUUCCCUGCUUCUAAGCUGUUGCCCAUGGGGAAUAGAGCUGAUGGAGCAAUGGGAGCUGAGAUGGCCUCACAGGCCGGCCUCGAGGGGCUAAGCAUAGCAUGCAGCAGUCCCAUAAGGAGACAGGGCACCCAGGGCCAGGCAGAGCUGCUUCCUGCACCUCUCUGGCAUUUGUCUUUUUUUUUUUUUCCUUUUUUCAUGCACCUACAAGUCUGUUUUCUCCCUGGAUGAAGCCCAGGGCAGAUGUGGUCAUCUAUCAAACUGAGGCAUGGAGAGGCAUGGCUGAGUCACUGCAAAAACAAAAUCAGGACCCAGCAUUUCUAGCUUCCAGCCCAGAGUAAGAGCAGAGCAGAACUCCUUCCCAUUCUACCCAACCGAGGUAGCCCUGCCUCACCCGAGAUCUCCAGUUCACAGUGUUCAUCUGCUGAGAUACUUUUGGACCCACAAACCCAGUGUUUUGGGGGGAUGCUCACUGUCUACGUGCAGUGCCAGAGGUUUUCUGGAACAGCCUUCUUCUGUCCCGCCACCCAGCUCUACCCCCUGCCACGUGGGCACUGGCUGCUUCUGCAUGAGAAGGAGCUUCCUCUGCUCACCUGUAACAUCUUUAGUCCCUUCCUCCAGUCGGCCUGCAAAUUCCACUCCCCAGAGAGGCUUGGGCAGGGCCCUGAGGCAUCUCUUGCAGGGCCCACUUGCCCCUGUGCCCAGAAUCUUGGGGACAGAUGGCAGCCAGGGGAAGAAGGGAGGCAGGGAAGGUCUGCCACCACUUGAGGGUCCCCCGCGAGAGGUGGCCCCAUGGCAGCUUUCCUGAGUUCUUGAUCCACUUUGGUUUAAACAACUUUUGUGACGCUAUGUGGGAUUUGACUACAUUUUUUUUUUUUUUUCAGAUAGGGUUUCACCCUGAUGGCCAGGCUGGUCUUGAACUCCUGUCUACAUUUCAAAAGGCAAAACUCACGGUUGUUUUUUUUGUUGUUGUUUUUUUUUUUCUGAUUUGCUCUUUGGCUUUCAGUGACAUUUUCAGGUAUUUUGUGAGUGCCUACCAUGUGCUAGGCACUGAGUAGACAGAUGUGUGUGGCUCCAUCCCUAGCUGGAAGAGCUUUGAGUUCUGUCUGCUGACUUCACUGAAGGAGUUUCUCUCUUGCCUCAUUCCUUCCUCCCAGGGGUCAGCUGGGUAGAAACAGACUUGCCCCACCUUCCUCUGGGCAGAACGUGUUCCUGCAAAUGAAAGAAUCUGCCUUUCUUUUUUGCUAUGAUGAUAACUAUUACUGUGACAUGAACUGUAGGUACUGAAGCCACAUUCCUCUCUGUUCACUGUGCUCUUGGCGGGUCCUGUCUAUGUCCUGAGGACAUCUGUGUCCAGCUCCUUUUCCUACAGUGCUAGACACUUCCCCAGGGAGUGGCAGUGGGUUGGUCUGGAUGGCCAGUCACUCUCCUCGCUUUCCUCACCUGGGACUUAGGUUUACCCCAUCCAGGACUGUGGUCGCUAUUCUUUGAACAACUGACAGGACAUACGCAGAACUCUCCUGGGGUCAUGGCUCUAGAAGGUGUCCAGGCCCAUCGUGACAGCUGUGCCAAGCACCGGGCCGGUGACCAGUGCCCAAACACACUCCUUCCUUUAAUCCUUGCAGCAAUCCUGUGAGGCGGAUAGGACCAGCCCUGAUCUAUAGUGAGAAAAUUAAGGUUCAGAGAGAGAGGUCACAUGGCCCAGCCUUGUCCAAAUAGUGGCCAAGCUGGGACUCAGAUCUAGGGUUUGGGUUUCUUUAUCCUUUGCCCACGACUUUUCCUCUGCCAUUCGCAGGGAAAUGUGCGUAGGGCUUCCAGGGAAUCAAGUGACCCUCCCUCUGAAUUUUGGUGUCUGUUCCCUCCACCUCUUGGUCACACAUUUCAGUAGGUCACAGGCCAAAUGGCAGCCCAAAAGGUGGGCAAAUAUUUUUUUUUCCUUCCCUUCACCCCUGCUUACCACCACAAUUGUGAUGACAAUCUACCUUACAUCGAAGGGCAAAGGGACAGCUGGUGGUACCUCCAAAAAUUUGGAAAAUCUGAGUCUUAGGACCACCUCUCGAUAAAAGAAGCCUUUGCUCACGUUUCUUUGCUCAGAAUCUUUCUUUACCAUUUGGUGGUGUAUAUCCUUGUCUCGGCUGAGACUUGGGAGAGCCGAGCUCCAGCUUAAACCGCUUUUAAUGGCCCUUCCCUAUCUGGGGACUGUCAGAGCCCAUGCCAGGUUACAGUAGUCAUUUUAAACCUCUACCAGAGAAUCCAUUUCCAAGGCAAUGUUCUUGGCCUUAAAAUAUUUGUGCCUGCUGGGGAUUUUAUUACCAGGUAGAAAAUGGGGGAACACCUGUGCCACAUUAAAAAGCAGGUGCUGAGUAUGCCAGGACUUGGGAAGGACCUUAGGCUGAGGAGUGGACAGUCUGGUAUUUAGCCUCUCCCAGGUACCCCUCACAGAGUGGGAAAAAGAAGAAACUGCUCCUGCCUUCCAAUAGCUGGCAACUUGGCAUCAAGAAAAAAAACAUUAGACCGGGUGUGGUGCCUCAUGCCUGUAAUCCCAGCACUUUAAGAGGCCAAGGCGGUUGGAUCACCUGAAGUCAGGAGUUCGAGGCCAGCCUGACCAACAUGGAGAAACCUCAUCUCUACUUAAAAUACAAAAUUAGCUCAGUGUGGUGGCGCAUGCCUGUAAUCACUGCUACUUGGGAGGGUGAGGCAGGAGAAUCACUUGAACCCGGGAGGCAGAGGUUGCAGUGAGCCGAGAUCGCACCAUUGCACUCCAGCCUGGGCAACAAGAGUGAAACUCCGUCUCAAAAAAAGAAAAAAAAAAAAAAUUGUAGCUGGGCUCCUGUCCUUUCAUUGUGCCCAGGUGUCUUACAUGUUGGGUUAAGCUGCCCCCAUGGAGGCCGUACCCUUCUCUUUGGACUGUGACAAUGGACACCAAACAGCCUGAACCAUGCGUGGCAGUCUUAUCCCCCAAGGGUUGUCCAGGCCCAAUGUGCAGGGCUUUUGUAUAGACUGCAGACAGCCAUACCUCACCACAGACCAAAGAUGACCUCGUGUCAGACUGUGGGCUGAUGAGAGGUAGAGCAGCAUGCAUGGAGGCCUGAGGGUGCAGGGCACCCUCCCUUGGCCUGGAGGAAUUGCUCCUAACUAGAAUAAGUUUCCACGAGGGUCCCAGGCAGAACCGCUGAGCUAGCCCUGGAGGCUCCACAGUCCUUGCCAGCUCAUAAACCUCCUUCAGAGCACCUUUCUACAGAACGGACUGCCCAGCUCCGUAGGGUGACGUCUGGUUUCUGGUGCUAUCCUGCCACGUUAUCGAGCUCCUCUUCGUGUUUCAACAUUCCAUCUUCCCGUUUCUAUCCUUGACUCCAAAGUAAGCCUUUUUAGCUGCAAUCAGGGAUGAGGGGCUCGAACUCUUUUGUCCUCAGAGAGGCCAACCACAGUGCCACAGCCAGUAGCCUUCACUUUCAGAUGUCCUAUUCAUGUAAAAAAGAAUAUGCCCCACCAGGCUUACAUCAGCAAUAAGCAAUUCCAAUGUAACAGUGGUGUCCAUAUUUUACCCCAGCGUGUGCCCUUGUAUGCCUUUGUGCCCGUGUAAUUGUUGUUAGCACUCCUUUUACUUAGAGGGGUGAUGAUAAACUAUGGUCACCUAGACUACAACCCAUAUUUCCUGCUUUGGGGAGCUUCCAAGUAACAGGUCAUUUCUUAUCUCCCUCUGGGAACAGUGGGCACUGCCCACCACCCGUGUCUGCUCAUAGGAUGACGCUGGAGACCCCCGUGCUCUACCCUCUUGGCAAAUUGGCAUUCUGGUGGUGGCUUUUGUUUCCUUUAACACUUUAAAUAAACGAUACAUAGGAUAUGAGGGGAGGGGUGAGAACAACUAGCUGUAGCAUGUAUAGGCUAUAUACUUUACCAUUAGACUUUUUUUCCCUUUUUUUUUUUAAAUAAAAGUGCUUGACUGGUUUCAAGCUUCAUCGAGAA